CUGCGUGAGAGGAACACAGGACGAAGGUUCAUCUGUAGAAGAAGUGUGGUGUGAUGGAGCGGUGCUGGCAGCCUCUCCUCCUGCUGUGGCUCACUGCAGGGCUGGUGAAAAAUACUGAGACAGUGAAAGACGGUGAAACCCUGACAGCAAACUUCACCAACAAACAUCUUCAAGUCAUCCCCGAAAACUCUGAAAAUGUAAAUGUUACCAAACUGAUGAUUGAAGGGAACCUAAUUACUCUGAAUGACACGGACAAACAAGCACUAGCUAGCUAUCCCAGCCUGGUAGAGCUCCACUUGGAUGCUAACUGGAUCACUGCUAUUCCAGCCAAAUACUUCUCUGUGGUACCGAACCUCAGAGUGCUGUCUCUCACCAGAAACAACAUCAGCAGCCUUGACCCUCAGGCUUUCAGUGACCUGGAUGUCUUGACAGAGUUGGACCUGACCAACAACUCGCUAACAAGCCUCCCUGCACAGCUGAUCAGUGUGCUGAACAAGUUACAGGUACUGAACCUACAGGGAAACCCCUGGAAUUGUUCCUGUCCACUGCUCACCAUCAUUGGACAGAUCGACGCAGCAAAUGUUACCAUGGGAGGACCACAGGUCGUCUGCGCAUCUCCAGCAGAGCAGGCAGGACGAGAUCUUCUUAAUGCUACAGCACUGUGCUCCACAUUAUCACCCACCGUCACUCCAGACCCUCAGAAACCAAAAACACCAGUCCGCCCUCAACACACGUCGGGCCCAUCAGUUACUAUGACGACCACGCAGUCAACCAGUCAGAACAACAGCGUCAGCAAAGACCCGGCACCCGCGCUCGGCAACACCUGGAAAUUCACAGCAUCCGUCGCGAUCUUGGCGGUAACGACCUCCGUGCUCAUCGUAUGUGCCGUCAAGGGGCCGUCCUGGUACAAGCUCUUCCACAACUACAGGCAUCGGCAGUUACGACAAGAAGCCGAGGAGGGCGACGAGGAUUUCGUGUCGACGGAGUUCUCAGCGACGGGAAGACACCCGACCAAUCAAACAUUCAGCUUUGAACAGAUGAACAGACAGAGAGACGAGGAGCAGGAGUACUUUGAGGAUCCGUAUAUCAGGAGAGAAGAGUGACGUGCGCGAGGAGAAACGACGAUGAUAAGAAACCAAACCACAAACACAAUACAAUCCAUUCAGUGGCAAACCUGCUGUUUGAUAAACACCGCUGAGUUUUAUCAUUUCACGGGUCACAAAAUCACUCAUAUUGUGUGAGAGCUGUACUGCUGGUUAUUGAAAGAACAAAUUCAGGCUCUUAACUCCACGACCUGCAUUGUUGCCCAGAUACUUCCAUUAGUACACAGCUACGAGGAGUCUGCAACAAUCCUAACUCCACUUUUUGACCACUAGAAGAACAAUAAUCAAGUACAGAACACUUCCUGUAAUCUGAGCCAUUAGUGUCAGUGUGCGAGCGCCCAGUUAGAUCGACAGCUUUAUCCUUGUUUGGCACUAGAACGAUGAAGUCACAUGGUUUACAAGAGUUUUCACCUCCAGUGGCACUAAAGAGGCGUCUUCAUGACUCGACAACACCAGCAGCAAUGUGCAGUGUUAUACAAACCUCACUUUACGGUGGUUUGAAAACAGUUUGCAAGUGUUUCAGAUAAAAAACUCCACGUGUUUGUUUGCUCGCGGAUCUACGCGGCAUUUAUUUUACCAGUUUUAUUAAGAAAACUCCACUGCUGCUUCAUCUUUACAUAACAAGCAGUUGUUUCCUGUUGUGUUUGUGUUCAAAAGUCUCAAACCUGCACAUAUCUGAUUCUUUUUAAGUAAUGUGUUAUGACUCACAUGAAAACU